AUGGCAGACGGUGAAGGUGAAGGUGAAGGAUCUCAGCCAAGGUCUGAGACAUGUAAAGUUUCAGUGAAAUUACCUCCAUUUUGGCCUAAUAAGCCGGCAGUAUGGUUCGCGCAGGUGGAGGCUCAAUUUGACAUUGCGGGAAUCGUUGCUGAUUCCACUAAAUAUAGUUAUAUUGUUGGCCAGAUCGACCACAAAUAUGCAGGGGAAAUUGAGGACAUUUUGGUGCGGCCUCCGGAGAAAGGAAAGCAAUAUGAGACUCUUAAGGCUGAGCUUAUAAAAAGAUUAUCACUGUCGGAGGAGCAAAAGGUUCGUCAACUCCUCAGUGGUGAAGAAACGGGGGACAGAAAACCGUCCCAAUUCCUUCGUCACUUGAGAUCUCUGGCAGGGGUUUCUCUCUCGGACCAGAACAUUUUAAAGCAGUUAUGGCUGAGACGGCUGCCUCAAAAUGUACAGGUUAUUUUAGCAUCUCAGCCGGACUUGUCACUUGAACAGCUAGCGAAUCUGGCUGAUAAAAUUACUGAGCUGACAGGACCACCGGCAGUUUUCUCCACAGCUGUGCCAUCAGCCAGUGUUUCACCCUCUCUUCCUCCUUCCCAGGAUCUUUUGGUCACUUUGAUGGGUAAAGUUGAGGAACUUAGCAAACAGGUCAACGCUCUCUCCUUACGUGACCGACCUCAAUCCCGUGUCCGCAACCGGAACAGGUCAAGGUCUAGGAACUCUCGUGCGAACUCACCAGCUCCAAGUACACUUUGCUGGUACCACCGGCAUUUCGGGGUUAAAGGUGCCAAAUGCAUAAAGCCGUGCACCUGGACCGAGCCCCCGGAAAACUCCAGAGGCAAUCAGUAG